UGUACUAGUAUGUAAUAGUACUAAGUACUACUAAGGCAACGGAGAAGAAAGAAAGAACCUCGGCCAAGACAGGCCGAGAAUGACUAAAAGAGAAACAGAGAGGGAAGGAGAGAGAGAGAGAGAGUGGGCCUAGUUGGCGAGACCUUUGGCCAACCAGCAGACAUCGCAGAAGAAAAGAAACGUUACCACAUACAUCAACGAAUUUGAACACACAGAGUGAGUUGUUAUUUGUGACCAAGUAGGCCUAACUUGGCUCGAGCUAGUCUGGCCUGCAGACCAGAGCAUCGAGCUAACUGGAACAACUGGACCCGAGUUUUGGCACCAUGGCCAUGGUGGGCGUUGCUAGCGCUAAGGCCAAGGUGCUGUUCAGCAAAUUCCAUCAUCGCAAAGAUGCACUUCCAAUUUUGCCCAUUUCUGUCCAUCAAACUCCAAUUGGCGCUUUUCCCAAUGGAGCUCCCCAACCGAGCAAGAUACCUGUACUGCUGUAUUACAUCAGUUGUGUGUUUUGCGUGAUCGCAUCAAUAAUGAUUGUCCAAUCGUUUAGACUGGCCAAGUCCGAUGAUCGCGAGCAAAUCUUGCAUAUGGGUCUGGGUUUGGCUACCACUGGCAUCAUUAUAGGCAUCAUCAUGAACGUGUUGAACAAACGAGAGAACAAUAACUUCAUCCGGUAUGUCUCCUAUCAGGCGGAAGCCAUGAAGAACGACCACAACUCUCGACAAAAGUUUAACGAGGCCGGCGAGUGCUUCCCACCCGAGGCCACCGGUCCCAAUGGACUUCGUUAAGUUGACCUGGUUCUUCACAAACAUGGAUCGAUGGAUCGAUCUAUUCAAAUUGAUCAAUCAUCAUAUUCAAAAGCCCCCACAAAAUUCUCAAAGCACUGCAUGCACGCCAUCAGUUAUAAAAACAUUUGAAAAGAAUUGUCAGAAGGCUCGGCAACACGUAAAGAUUCUUGAGUUAAUAAACAAAUUUGCUCCUUCAUGGAA